GCAAAGUCAAACGAAAUAUAUUUUUUUAGAUUUUUAAAUAAAAUAAUGCUUAUAUAAGAAAUUAAUUAAGCUCAUCGCGUAAGUUAUAAAAAAGUGUUAAAAACAUGCCGCUGCCUGCUGCAUUGGCAGCCCGCUUAGCAAAGAGAGGAUUAAUUACAGGAUCUGAAAAUCCCGAGUCUGCGAGAAAUGAGCCAAAAAAGAAAGUGCAUGAAGAAGUAAUUGCCGAAGAUUAUGACAACACAAAAGAUGACAUUAACCACAUUGAUCUCUCACAACAGUUUAUGGGCCUUUCUGGUUGUCCCAACAAAUAUAAUAUUUAUCAUGAAUGCACCAGAAAGUGUAAAGAAAUAUGGGGAGCGGGGCAUUUGCAACCAUCGGAAGAGUAUUUAUUCAAACAAAUGCGAAUGCUUCAAAAGUAUCCUUUACCAGAGACUUGGAAGGCUGUUUAUGAUCCUGGAACAGGACAACAUUAUUAUUGGGACUGGUCCUCGGAUUUAGUAUCCUGGUUGCCUCCAGGCCACCCCAAGUGUCAAAUUUCUCAACCUGCUCCUCAAUUAAGAGAAGAAUUGCAUCUCAAAGCUGCUGAUCAAGAUGACAAUAUGUCGAGUGAUGAAAGUGGAAGUGACCAAGAAACGAUGGAUGUGGAUGAAGUGGAGUUGAAGAAGGAUAAAAAACAAGACUCUCGAGAAAGGUCCAAACUUUCAGAAACUAGGAAGCUUCCGAGAAAAGAAAAUAAAGACAAGAAAGAUCGCACUUUGGAUCCCAUGGAUCCUGCAGCAUAUAGUGAUAUUCCCAGAGGUAAAUGGUCGGAUGGAUUAGCGCGCCAUAACGAAGCGAAGACUGGAGCCGACACAACUGCAUCUGGACCUCUAUUUCAGAUGAGGCCCUAUCCAAGUCCUGGUGCUAUUCUUCGAGCAAAUAAAUCUAAUAAACCAGAGACAGAAACCUCUAACAAACCUAAGGUUUCUUUUCCCGAAAAGCCGGAAGGAAUUUAAUAAUUAAUUGUACAUUUCCGAAUUAAUUUAUUUCUCGUAAAUCCAAUGUUUUUCUACUUUCGAUGAAAGUACAGCCGUUAUAAAACGGAUAUUAAAAAUUUGUUUACUUAUAGC